UAAUUUUGGGGUGUUGCAGAUAUUUUCCUGAACUCAUCGAAUCCCCUCAACCUCAGAAUCAUGAAAAAACACAAUAAUCAAGGAAAAUAAACGGCCACACGAAACAGAACAGCCCAACUACCAGUAACCAGAAACAACAAUGGCGACUCUACCACCUUCAACGCUGCGACUCCACAAACCGAACACGACAUUCCCAUCAUCAGCAAGGCCAAACCCAACACUGAAAUUCCACGCGCCACCUCGCGCCGCCCCGGAAGAGGACUCCUCCUCCACCUCAACCUCGUCCGAGCCCGCACCCGACCAGGAUGACAGCUUCGAGAACCGCCUCUCACAAGUCCGUGUCCGCUACCGCAGUGGAACCGGGAAAAAGGCCGAGAUCCGGAAGUCCCGGAAGGGGAAGAAAACCGGGUCGGGAGCUUCUGGGUCGAGCGUAUUUCUCCCGCCCGUGCCGUUAAAAGAGGCAGUGUCAGAGGGGUUGAAUGUGGAAUUCGGAUUCAGUCCGUAUUCGGAGCGGAUCAAUGGACGGAUUGCAAUUCUGGGAUUAUCCGCUUUGUUCUUAGUGGAGCUGGCUACGGGCAAGGGAGUAAUUAAUUAUCACACCCCUGCUAUUGUUUUCAUUCAGGUGUACUUUGUGGCUGCUGUUUCCGCGUUGUAUGUAAAGUAUGAGAAAGAAAAAGUUAGUGUGUGGCCACAGUCUGAAAAAUGAUGGCAGUUCUUGAAGUGAAUUAUAAGUUGUUACAACGUUUUUGUACUAAUGUAUUGCUCACUUAAUUGAUCUGAGUUUUGUGCAUUUCUUGUUUAAUGAUCUGAAGUGUUAUUUUAA